UGUGUGUGACUGAGCAGUCGAUGAACUUUGUCCUGCAGGACAGAGGCAGUCUGAGUCGUCCUUCAGGUGGAGACGCAGUGAGCAGCUGCUUCAAUGUCUCUCUUCAUGUUUUAGGAGAAACUUAAAGUGUCAUCAUGGCAGAAAGGAGAGCGGCGGUGACAACAGCAGCUGAGCCCAACUUCCUGCAAUUUAAUGACCUGGCCUGUGAGGCGGUUGGCGGGAAGGUUAUUUUUGCUACAGACGAAUGGUUCGCUCCUGCUGCCAACCUGCUGAAGAGAGAGCCACCGCAAUUCAUCCCGUCAGCCUUCACUGAGUUUGGGAAGUGGAUGGACGGAUGGGAGACGAGGAGGAAGAGGACGACGGAUGACUUUGUUCGACUUUGUCUGACAUGGACAAGACCGAAUCUUUUUUUUUUUUUUUUUUGUGGAGGUCAUGACUGGUGCAUCAUCCAGCUAGGAGUACCAGGACAGAUCUAUGGUUUUGAUGUUGACACGUCCUUCUUCACUGGAAAUCAUUCACCUCACAUCUCCAUCCAGGCCGGCUGUCUGGGUUCUUCACCAGACAAACCACCAACCUUCAGCCUGGACGGAGACCGAACCGGCAUGGCCGCCUCCGACAUUCAGCUGGCUGCUGUUGCCAAGCUGGGCUCUGAGGUGUGGCCAGAGCUUGUGUGUGUGUCGGAGCUGAAGCCUGGAUAUUCAGACUGUUGCCAUAAUCACUUCAAGGUCAACUUCAACCACCGAGUCACACACCUGCGCCUGAACAUGCACCCGGAUGGAGGGAUAGCCAGGCUGCGGGCGUACGGUGUCGGGCAAAGAGACUGGUCAUCUGUCUCCUCCCACCAGUAUGUCGACCUGGUGGCUUUGACCAAUGGGGGAGUCUGCCUUGGCUACAGCGAUGCCCACUUUGGGCAUCCACGCAACAUGAUUGGUCUUGGCCAAGCUGUAAACAUGGCCGAUGGCUGGGAGACGGCUCGCAGACUGGACAGACCAAAACACCUGAAGGUGGACCAGCGAGGCAUCCUGCAGGUCCCCGGCUCGGAGUGGGCGGUGUUUCGUCUCGGUCAUCCCGGAGUGAUCAGCAGCGUCGAAGUUGACACCAACCACUUUAAAGGUAACUUCCCGGACUCUUGCAGGAUUGAGGUUUGUUCUCUGACUGCUGAGGAGGAAGCUCAGUGCAUCAGGAGCAGGUGGAAUUCUGGGAAAUGGCGGGUCCUUCUUUCCCCUCAGAAACUUCAUCCUCAUCACAGACAUCUGUACAACCAGUCCAAGCUCACUCUCAGCUCACCUGUCACUCACGUCCGUCUCAUCAUCAGCCCUGAUGGAGGAGUCAGCCGGCUCCGCCUGUGGGGUCGACCCACGGCCAAUCAGAAUAUACCGGCAUCCAAACUGUGAUGCUGUGAACGCUCAGAGAGGAUUUAAAGUUUGUGAUCUGUGACUGAUGAUGUUUGAGAAAUAAAACAGGUGGAGACUUGACA